UUCCCUCCCAGCACCAAGAGCUUCCAGGAGGCGCAGAGCCAGCUGAACCGGGCAGCCGCGGGACUCAACCAGUCUGCCAACGAGCUGGUGCAGGCAUCGCGUGGCACCCCUCAGGACCUGGCCAAGUCCUCUGGCAAAUUUGGGCAGGACUUCAAUGAGUUUCUGCAGGCAGGAGUGGAGAUGGCCAGCCAGUCCCCGAAUAAGGAAGACCAGGCGCAGGUGGUGUCGAACCUGAAGAGCAUCUCCAUGUCCUCUAGCAAGCUGCUGCUGGCUGCAAAGGCUCUCUCUGCCGACCCCGCAGCCCCCAACCUCAAGAACCAGCUGGCAGCAGCAGCACGGGCCGUGACCGACAGCAUUAACCAGCUGAUCACCAUGUGCACCCAGCAAGCGCCAGGCCAGAAGGAGUGCGACAAUGCCCUGCGGGAGCUGGAGACGGUGAAGGAACUGUUGGAGAACCCCACCCAGACCGUCAAUGACAUGUCCUACUUCAACUGCCUUGACAGCGUCAUGGAGAACUCCAAGGUGCUGGGCGAGUCGAUGGCUGGCAUCUCCCAGAAUGCCAAGAACAGCAAACUGCCCGAGUUUGGCGACUCCAUCAGUGCCGCCUCCAAGGCUCUCUGCGGACUGACAGAGGCAGCUGCCCAGGCUGCCUACCUCGUGGGAGUCUCAGACCCCAACAGCCAAGCUGGACAGCAGGGCUUGGUAGACCCCACUCAGUUUGCCAGAGCUAACCAAGCCAUCCAGAUGGCCUGCCAGAACCUGGUGGACCCCGCCUGCACCCAGUCCCAGGUGCUGUCAGCAGCCACCAUCGUGGCAAAGCACACCUCGGCACUGUGCAACACGUGCCGCCUGGCCUCCUCCCGCACCGCCAACCCCGUGGCCAAGCGCCAGUUCGUCCAGUCAGCCAAAGAGGUGGCCAACAGCACGGCCAACCUGGUGAAGACCAUCAAGGCCCUGGAUGGCGAGUUCAACGAGGAGAACCGGGAGAGGUGCCGCGCCGCCACCGCCCCUCUCAUAGAGGCCGUGGAUAACCUGACAGCCUUCGCCUCCAACCCAGAGUUUGCCACCGUUCCUGCACAGAUCAGCCCAGAGGGGCGCAGAGCCAUGGAGCCCAUUGUCUCUUCAGCCAAGACCAUGCUGGAGAGCUCUGCUGGCCUCAUCCAGACCGCCCGCUCUCUUGCUGUCAACCCCAAGGACCCCCCGCAGUGGUCAGUGCUGGCUGGCCACUCUCGCACUGUCUCAGACUCCAUCAAGAAGCUGAUCACCAACAUGAGGGACAAAGCUCCAGGACAGCGGGAGUGUGACGAGGCCAUCGAGGUCCUGAACAGAUGCAUGAGGGAGGUGGACCAGGCCUCCCUUGCUGCCAUCAGCCAGCAGCUGGCCCCCCGAGAAGAUAUCUCCCAGGAG